AUGACCCAUAGCAUUCAACCAACUCCUGGGCCAUAUUUAAACUGUCCAAUAGCGUUCCACCAACUGCUGUACUUCCUCCUGGACAACCUCUCCUUCACUGAGAUCUGCUACAUCUCUUCCACCAUGCCCAAGAUGCUGUGGAAUCUCCUUUCUGGAGACAAGGCCAUUUCUUUCACUGGCUGCCUCUUACAGAUGUAUUUCUUUGUUGCCCUGGGGGGCACUGAGUGUGUCCUCCUCUCGGCCACUGUUUAUGACUGUUAUGCUGCCAUCUGCCACCCACUGCGCUACAUCAUCCUCAUGAGGAGAUGCGUGUAUGCCUGGCUUCUGGGGGCCUUGUGGUUCAUUGGCCACCUGAAUUCUGUCAUCAAUACUGCCAUGGUCUUCUCCCAGAGCUUCUGUGGCACCGUCGAGAUCCACCACUUCUUCUGUAACAUCCCACCCCUGCUCCAGCUCUCCUGCUCCGAUACUUCCCUGAGCCAGCUGGUGACCUUCUCUGUCUCAGGAUGUGUCAUCAUCCUCCCCUUCUGCCUGACCCUGCUCUCCUACCUCCUCAUCCUCUCCUCCAUCCUGAAGGCUAUCUUCCAGAAAGACCCAAUGGGCCCCAGUUGGAUGAUCCCAGGAAAUUGGUCUCUUGCAGCAAUCACUGAGGUUGUUCUUCUUGGUUUCUUCAGCCUCCGCCAGCAGCAGCUGCCCCUCUUCCUCCUCUACCUCAUUGUGUACACGUUGACACUUCUGGGGAAUAGCUUGGUUAGUCUCAUGAUUUGUGUGAACCGCCGCCUGCACAUGCCCAUGUACUGCUUCCUCAGCUACCUCUCACUGGAGAUGCUCAUCACCACCACCAUCACACCCAAGAUGCUCAGCAUUCUCCUUGAAAAUGUUACCAAGACUAAGACAGAAGCCAAGUGUAACCAGUAG